GUGUGGACACGGCAUGUGUGUGUGUGGACACGGCAUGUGAGUGUGGACACGGCAUGUGUGUGAGUGUGGACACGGCAUGUGAGUGUGGACACGGCAUGUGUGUGUGUGGACACGGCAUGUGAGUGUGGACACAGCAUGUGUGUGUGUGGACAUGGCAUGUGUGAAUGUGGACACGGCAUGUGUGUGUGUGUGGACACGGCAUGUGAGUGUGGACACGGCAUGUGUGUGUGGGCAUGUGUGUGUGGACACGGCGUGUGUGUGUGUGGACAUGGCAUGUGAGUGUGGACACGGCAUGUGUGUGUGGACAUGGCAUGUGUGCACACGGCGUGUGUGUGUGUGUGGACAUGGCAUGUGUGUGGACACGGCAUGUGUGUGUGUGGACACGGCAUGUGUGUGGACACGGCAUGUGUGGACAUGGCAUGUGUGUGUGUGGACACGGCAUGUGAGUGUGGACACGGCAUGUGUGUGUGUGGACACGGUGUGUGCAUGAGUGUGGACACGGCGUGUGCGUGAGUGUGGACACGGCGUGAGAGUGUGGACACAGCAUGUGUGAGUGUGGACACGGCAUGUGUGAGUGUGGACACGGCGUGUGCGUGUGUGGACACGGUGUGUGUGUGUGUGGACAUGGCGUGUGUGUGUGUGUGGACACGGCAUGUGUGUGUGUGGACACGGCAUGUGAGUGUGGACACGGCAUGUGUGGACACGGCGUGUGUGUGUGGACACGGCGUGUGUGUGUGGACACGGCAUGUGUGUAGACACGGCAUGUGUGUGUGUGGACACGGCAUGUGUGUGGACACGGCAUGUGUGUGUGUGUGGACACGGCAUGUGUGGACACGGCAUGUGAGUGUGGACACGGCAUGUGAGUGUGGACACGGCAUGUGAGUGUGGACACGGCAUGUGUGUGUGUGGACACGGCAUGUGAGUGUGGACACAGCAUGUGUGUGUGUGGACAUGGCAUGUGUGAAUGUGGACACGGCAUGUGUGUGUGUGGACACGGCAUGUGAGUGUGGACACGGCAUGUGUGUGUGGACAUGGCGUGUGUGUGGACACGGCGUGUGUGUGUGUGGACAUGGCAUGUGUGUGAGUGUGGACACGGCAUGUGUGUGUGGACACGGCAUGUGUGGACACGGCGUGUGUGUGUGUGGACAUGGCAUGUGUGUGGACACGGCAUGUGUGUGUGGACACGGCAUGUGUGUGGACAUGGCAUGUGUGUGUGUGUGGACACGGCAUGUGAGUGUGGACACGGCAUGUGUGUGUGUGGACACGGCAUGUGAGUGUGGACACAGCAUGUGUGUGUGGACACGGCGUGUGCAUGAGUGUGGACACGGCAUGUGCGUGAGUGUGGACACGGCGUGAGAGUGUGGACACAGCAUGUGUGAGUGUGGACACGGCAUGUGUGAGUGUGGACACGGCGUGUGCGUGUGUGGACACGGCGUGUGUGAGUGUGGACAUGGCGUGUGUGUGUGUGUGGACACGGCAUGUGUGUGUGUGGACACGGCGUGUGCGUGAGUGUGGACACGGCGUGAGAGUGUGGACACAGCAUGUGUGAGUGUGGACACGGCAUGUGUGAGUGUGGACACGGCGUGUGCGUGUGUGGACACGGCGUGUGUGUGUGUGUGGACACGGCAUGUGUGUGUGUGGACACGGCGUGUGUGUGAGUGUGGACACGGCAUGAGUGUGGACACGGCAUGAGUGUGGACACGGCAUGUGUGAGUGUGGACAUGGCAUAUGUGAGCUUCCGGACACGGCACGUGUGUGAGAGCCUGUGGACAUGGGGGCAUGGAGCGUGUGAACACAUGGCCCAUGUGUGAGAGCAGCCACGUAUGUGUGUGGAUGAGGCAGGUGAGCACAUGGGUGGGUGUGGGCAGGGAAGUGGCAGGAAUGGGCUGUGAGGGCAGGCAGCAGUGAGCAAAGGGCAGGGGCAGGCUGGGCAUAGGUUGUGGGGGGCUCGGGGAGGGCCCCUGCUAGGAGGCCCACCCAGGAGCUCAGGGGCCACAGGGACCUGGAACUGCGGUGAGCAGCUUCCAGCAGGUGCUCCAGCCUCCUGGGGCUAUAGGGAGAGAGGGCUUUGUCCAAGCACACACCCCAGCCCAGACCUGCCCAGGCUGCAGCGGCUGUGCUGACCCCUACCCGGCUCCGACCCUCACCCCUCCCUCCCUGCCCUCCAGCUGCCUGUCCCGCCAAGGAGAGGAGGAAGCCAGCCAAUCCCUGAGGCUUGCGGCCACACCCUUGGCCAGCACGACCCAUAGGGUAUAAAUAGACCUGCUUGGGAGCCCACACCCGGCAACUCACACCUGCCUCAGACCAGAGCUCUGUGCGGGUGACGGCGCACGCAUUCCUUGUGUCCCCGCCUGUCUUGGACAGAGCAGAAGCCACUGCCAGACCAGUGCCACCGGGACAGCUGCUGGUGGCCGGCCCCGGGGAGGGAUACCUGCUGGGUGAAGCACAGGCCGGGCCGGGCCCGGAGAAGAGGAAGCAGACGCUGCCAGGGCAGGGCAGCCCAGGGCCUUGGAGCCCAACCGUGGCCGGCGAGGAGGACCAUGCCCGGGACCCGCUGACCCCCGGCCACCAGCUCAGAGACAUGUCGUCAGGCCAGCAGGUGUGGCACACGGCUGUGCCACCCCCUCGCCGGAGCAGCUCCACAGCCUCGAUGCCCAGGUCCCCUGGCACCCCUGGCUCGGAGAGGGUGGCCUCCCCCCUGGAGUGCUCCAUCUGUUUCUCAGGCUAUGACAACAUCUUCAAGACACCCAAGGAGCUCUCCUGCACCCACGUCUUCUGCCUGGAGUGCCUGGCCCGGCUGGCGGCUGCUCAGCCUGUGGGCCGCCCCGGCGGUGAGGCUGUACCUUGCCCCUUCUGCAGGCAGCCCACGGCCGUGCCGCCCGCCGGAGCCCCCGCGCUGCGCACCAGCCGCCAGCUGCAGGCCCGGAUGCCGGCGCAUUUGCGGCGUGAGGAGCCUGUGUGGCUGGAGGGCACCAAGCUGUGCUGCCAGCCACUGCCCACCACACCUGGCCGCGAGCCCGGUUUCGUAUGCGUGGACGUGGGUUUGAGCAAGCCUGCCGAGCCGCCCGCGCCCGCCCGGGACCCUGCCCCCCGCCGGGGCCGCCUGGCCCGCUGCUGGGCGCGCUGCAGGGACUGGAGGCGCAUGGCACUGGUCUCUGCCCUGCUGCUGAUGCUCUUCUGCGUGGCACUCUGGCCGGUGCAGUGCGCGCUCAAGACUGGGAACCUGCGCUGCCUGCCCCUGCCCCCCCGGCCCCCGGCCACCAGCACAGCCGCCUCCCCCCUCGGGCCUCUGACUGACAACUAGGGCCAGCAGCCUCUGCCCAGGUCAGCCGCCCUCGCCCAGCUCCACGGGGUGUCCCCCACCGGGGGGCCCAAGGACACAGCAGCCACUGGAAGUCGGUCCCCGAGGACGCGAAAGGAGCCUGGCAUCUCUGAGGACUCCCCCGGGGCCCCACCAAGACCAGGCUCCAUUUAGCUUGUCCACCCCUCAUUCUCCAGGCUGGGUCCUGAUGGGGUGGACAAGAGGGUCCCCAAAGCCUCCAAGAACCGCAGUCUCACCUGGCGCGGUGGCUCACGCCUGUCAUCUCAGCACUCCGGAGGGCUGAGGCAGAAAGACCACUUGAGGUCGGGAUUUUGACACCAGCCUGGCCAACAUGGUGAAACCCCAUCUCUACUAAAAAUACAAAAAUUAGCCGGGCAUUGUGGCGGGCGCCUCUUAGCUACUGGGGAGGCUGAGGCAGGAGAACUGCUUGAACCGGGGAGGUGGAGGUGGCAGUGAGCCAAGAUUGCACCACUGCAUCCAGCCUGGGCGACAGAGGGAGACCCUGUCUCAAAACAAAAAAAAAGACAGGCUCGUACAGGAAGGGCCCAGGAGAGCAGCUGGUCAGCGUCCCCGCCACCCACACACCCUGUGAACUGCCUGCCAGGGAAGCCCCUUGCCAAGAAGGAAGGGGCCUUGCCGUGCUUCCACUCAUGCUGACAUUUCCCCGCAGGGCUGGUCCUGCCAUUGGGUGGGGGUGCUCAUCUUGCCCUCGGACUGUGGGGAGAGAGUGGAGGCAGGGCAGCCCCCCAGUGCAAGGUAACCACAGAAACUUCCAGCUGCCCCUCCAACCUUGUGAAUUGUACCUUUUACAAUAAAUUAUCUGUAUCCAUCUUUGGCAAGAGGGCCUCACCCUGGGUGCCCCUGCUGCAGCCUCAACCCAGAGGAUACUCUGACGGGAUGAGACUCCCAGCAGCCACUGGGACAGGUGGGCCCCAGGUUCUAGGGGAUCCAACUCCCAGCCCCUCUGGCUGCAGACAGGCUGGGGGUUUCUGGAGUGGGCUGGCGACUCAGCAAUGUGAGGCUCCCCAGGGAGAUGGGGAGAGGCCCAGGACACUUGGGGCAGGGCAGGCUGGACCAGGGGGAGGGCUUCAGCUUGGUUCAGAGCCCGGGGGCUGACAAAGGGGGCCUUUCUCUUCCCCCAUCCUCUGCCGUGGCCAUACUAGGCCACACCUCCAGGAAGUCAUGCCCCCAUGGCCCUGCUAGGGUCCCUGAGAACUGGAGAACCACAGAACCAUGACCCCUGUGGGAACCCAGAAGCAAAGGUAACAGCCAGCGUGCAGCCUGCAGAUCCACUGACUCUCCGGCAACUCCCAGGGCCAGCCUGGCUGGGGAAGAGUCAGAGGUCAGCUACGUGAGGUAUCGGCAGGAGGCUCGCCAACCCCAGCCCUACCCCGUCUGUCAUCAGCCCCAGGAAUCCCGCACCACCAGGCAGGCACGGCCAGGAGGGCCCAGGCCAGGUCCAGCUCACGCAGGCCUCCUCAGCCUUCUCAUCCCUGACCCCAGAGCCCAGGUACUUCCUGCUCCAACCAGCUGGGCCUCUGGUCCAGGGUGGG